AUGGCUCAAGAAGAAAAUUCUACUGGACGGAAUGGUCUUAUUGGAAAAAUUCAAGAAUUCAAUUUCAACAUAUCUGAUUGGACCAUUUAUAAAGCAAGACUCGAUAAUUAUUUCGAGGCAAAUAACAUCACCGGAGUUAAGAGACGAGCGAUCUUCCUCAACAUGUUGGACGAAGACUCUUAUCGUCUUAUGUUUGAUCAAUGCAGCCCAGUGAAGCCGGAACAAAAAAGUUAUGAACAGCUGUUAGAAAUAUUCGAUAAACAUUUCGCUCCGGUUCAUACUCCUUUUGCGGAGAGAAUAAAAUUUUACGAAUCCGAAAGAGGACCGGAAGAAUCUCCAAAUGAGUGGGUAGCACGUGUGCGAAGAUUGGCCAUACAGUGUGAAUUUGAUAACCACCUCGAGACGGUUCUCCGAGAUAAAUUUAUUUGUGGAUUUGGUAAGGGACUUGUCUUAGACCGACUUCUAGAAGAGAAAAUCACCAUUUACCUGGCGGAUGCAGUGAAGAUAGCCAAUCACAAAAUGGCGGCACUCUCUUCCUUUGGAUGUAAAAAUGGCCAGGGCCAGGAUGGACAGCAAGACGAAAAUCCAGUCAAACAGGAAGUGACGCAAACUACUGAAGCAUCAUCAGCUUCCUCAGAAUUGGGGUGCGCAGCACGGCCAUUACCUGAUGCUAUCAGAGAUCUUGUUGAACAGGAAAUUAAUAGACUUGUUGAUGUAGGUAUCCUGACACCGGUGAGCUUCAGCGAAUGGGCGACUCCUGUGGUGCCAAUAAUUAAGAAAAAUGGAGAUAUUAGGCUAUGUGCGGACUUCAAGGUUACAAUAAACCCUCACAUUCAAGUGGAUCAAUACCCAAUUCCUCGCAUAGAGGAUCUGUUUGGUAGGCUGCAAGGAAGAGAACAAUUCACAAAGUUGGAAUUAUCACAAGCAUACCAGCAGAUAGCUGUGGAUGAGCCCUCUAAAAGCUCUUAA